CCCCGCAUCGCGUACAGACGUGUGAUGAAGUGGUCCCUGUGACUCUGAAGACGUUCCGCACCGAGCUCAGUAGUGCGCCCGCCACCGCCGUCGCCGCCGCCGCCGUCGACGCAGACGUCAUGGACAGCAGGAGGGUCGUCCGCACCGUCACCUCCCGCAGAUAUGUCACGUCGUCGCACGGCUCCACGGAGCCCGACCAGGAGGGCAACUAUGUCACGUCGAUGGUGACAGAGGGCGGCGCCGAGCCGAUGAGCACCACCUCGUACUCGUACUCGAGCGGCGCGCCCGACGGCUCGGAGACGGUGACGCGCGAGGUGCGCACGCGCUCCUACCGGAUCGAGGCGGGCGGCGCCGCCAGCGCGCUGCUCGAGUCGGCCGGCGUCACGCAUCCGGAGACCGGCGAGACGCUGACGCUGGGCGAGGCGGCGGAGCGGCGCCUCUUCGAGCCGCGCGGCGGCUGCUUCUUGCACCCGUCGACCGGCGCGCGCCACUCGGUCGACGAGGCGGUCGGCAUGGGUCUGCUGGACCCGGCGCUGCGACAGCUGAUGCACCAGCAGUCGGGCGUGUUCGACGGCCGCUCGGACCGGCCGCUCACGCUGCUGGAGGCCAUGAUGGACGGCCUGAUGGACCCGCAGCUGAGCGCGUUCGUGGGGCCGAGCGGCGCGCGCGGCGAGCGGCCGCGGCAGGUAAGUGACGCGCCGCGCAGGCCGACCCUGCUGGAGGCGGUGAUCGCCGGUCAGGUGGACACGACGACCGGUGAGGUUACCGACACCGAGUCGGGCCGCCGCUACCCACUGCCGGAGGCGUUCGAGCGUGGCCUGCUCUCGCUGGCGCACGACUACACACGCAUGUGCGGCGUCUCGCUGUCGGACGCCGUCCAGCAGGGUCUGGUCGACUACGUGUCCGGCAAGUUCGAGGACCGAAACAACGGCGAGCGCCUGCAGCUGCAGGAUGCCAUCAGCCGCGGCCUCAUCAACCCCAACAUCCACGAGGUGCUGAAUACGGAGACGGGCGUCAAGCUGACCGUCAAUGACGCCAUCAAGGAGGGCAUCAUCAAGCCGGAGCAAGGCCGCUUCAUCGACAAGAAGACGCGCAAGCGGAUGCUUCUAAUCGACGCGGUCAAGCAGUACAUGCUCGGGCGCCCGCUGACGCUAAAGGAUAUCCACGAUGGCGGCAGGAUGGAGACGUCUGGCACCAUCUACGACCUGGUGACGAAGGAGCGCGUGCCGCUGCUGGAGGCGGUGCGUCGCGGCAUCGUGGACACGCAGCUCAAGUGCGUGACGAACCUUUCGACGGCGCAGCUGCUGACGCUGCCGGAGGCCUUCGCCGAGAGCAUCAUCCUGCCGGAGGGCAAGUUCCGCGACCCGCAGACGGACGACGUGUUCUCGCUGAACGAGGCGGUGAACCGCGGCCUGAUCACGUCCGUCGCCACCAAGACCAUCUUCGACAUCGACGGCAUCAAGGACCCGGACACGGGCGACUACGUGAGCCUGAACGUGGCGCUGACCAAGGGCAUCGUCAACCGCACGACGGGCGACUUCCGCGACUCGAGCGGCCGCGCGAUUCCGCUCGACGAGGCGGUCACACAGCGCUACAUCCAGCCCCAGAUUAACGAGAUGCUGGCGCGACCGAUCGGCAUCCAUGAGGGCGGCCACGAGCUGACCGUCUUCCGGGCGGUGCUGCGCACGCGGCUGGACCCCCAGACGGGGCAGGUCACCGACCCGGAGACGCUGGAGCCCAUGCCGCUGGAGGAGGCGGUGCACCGGCGCCACAUUACGCCCGAGGGUGCCUCGCUGCUGAAGAGCAUGCUGAACAUCACGGUCACCACGGCCACCGUCACCAAGACGAUCAAGCGCUACGUCACCGUGACGUCACAGGGCCAGGAGGGUCGCCCGACGCCGAUGUCGUUCGACGACGCCGUGCGACGCGGCUACAUCGACGAGACGCUCAACAUCUUCAUCGUGCCGUCGAGUGGGCAGAAGGUGCCGCUGGACGAGGCGGUGCGGGAGGGUCUGCUGGAGGAGGUGCCGACUGACUACGAGCCGGGCCGGCCGUACGCGCCGCGCUCGACCACCUCGACCACCACGCGUACGUACCGCACAUACGUGACGCGGAGUGGCGAGAAGCGGCCGACCCCCGAGCGCGGCUCCUCGCCGCCGAAGCGGCUGCGCGAUUGGUCGGCCGAGAAGAGCCCCAGCCCCGGCCAGGAGGCGCCCGGCUCGCCGGCCGCGCCAGACGACGGCUUCGGCCGCACCACGCGCACCACGCGGGUCGUGCGCUCCAGCUACGAGGCCGAGCCGGAGACGACGACCAAGAUCUACAAGCGCGUGGCGCGCCGGCCCCAGGGAGGAAGUGGAGGAGACGCAGACGGUGACGGUGCGCAAGUAUGUGAUGAAGCGCACGGUGCGCCGACGCAAGCAGACGGGCCACCCGGACCACCCGACCGUCGAGGAGGAGGAGGAGGAGGAGACGACCACUGUGCUCGAGAUGCCCGAGGACGGCUGGUACCUCGACGAGGUCAUCCGAAUGAAGUACUAUGACCCACGGCGCUGCAUCUUCGCUUUCCCCGAGGCGGACCGCGUGAUUCCGUUCGAGGAGUGCUUGACGCUGCGCAUCAUCGACCGCAAGUCAGCGCAAGUGGAAGACCCCGAUACCAAGAAGCCGCUGGACAUCGAGGAGGCG